UUGCCCCGGAAGUAGUUGACGGUGCUGAGCCUGAACUUCCCUGCGUGUGUCGGAGGAACGGGCACCAGUGAAAUUCAAAUGUAAGGAAGAGAAAGGCAGGCGGACAGCGGAGGGGAGGGAAAGACUGAGAGUACACAGCGAGGAGCAGCAUAAUGUUUUCCAAGCGGAAGGCGGUACUGCCCACCCUCACCAUCACAACCACGGUGGGGGAAGGACCGUCCCCCACUAGAGGGGACACGGCCGAAGCUAACCUAGUAACCUUACCAAAGAAGUUGGAGGAACUUGAGCUUGAUGAGCAGCAGAAAAAUAGACUUGAAGCCUUUCUUACACAGAAGGCCAAAGUUGGUGAACUGAAAGAUGAUGACUUUGAUAAGAUAUGUGAGCUGGGUGCUGGUAAUGGAGGUGUUGUCACUAAAGUACGUCACAAGCCUUCAGGUCUUAUUAUGGCAAGAAAGCUGAUUCAUUUAGAAAUAAAGCCUGCCAUUCGCAAUCAGAUCAUCAGAGAGCUCCAGGUGCUACACGAAUGUAACUCCCCAUAUAUUGUGGGCUUCUAUGGAGCAUUUUACAGUGAUGGUGAAAUCAGUAUAUGCAUGGAGCACAUGGAUGGGGGUUCUCUGGACCAGGUGCUGAAGGAAGCUGGAAGGAUUCCAGAGGAAAUUCUGGGAAAAGUCAGCAUUGCAGUUCUAAGAGGGCUGACAUAUUUAAGAGAGAAGCAUCAAAUAAUGCACAGAGAUGUGAAACCAUCCAACAUUUUGGUUAAUUCUCGUGGUGAGAUAAAGCUCUGUGAUUUCGGAGUAAGCGGUCAGCUCAUUGACUCGAUGGCAAAUUCCUUUGUGGGAACUCGUUCUUAUAUGUCUCCAGAGAGACUCCAGGGCACCCAUUACUCAGUGCAGUCUGAUAUCUGGAGUAUGGGCCUUUCCCUGGUCGAGAUGGCAAUUGGAAGAUAUCCAAUACCCCCUCCUGAUAUGAGAGAACUAGAGGCUAUCUUUCAGUGUCAAGUAGUGGAUGGAGCAGGAGGGGAAUCACGUAGCACGUCACCCAGAUCAAGGGCUCCAGGGCGUCCCAUCAGUGGGCUUGGAAUGGACAGCCGACCAGCCAUGGCUAUUUUUGAACUUCUGGAUUAUAUUGUCAAUGAGCCACCACCUAAACUCCCUAUUGGUGUAUUUUCACAAGACUUUCAAGAGUUUGUAAAUAAAUGUUUAUUCAAGAAUCCAGCUGAACGAGCAGACUUGAAACUACUCAUGAGCCACACGUUUAUUAAACGAUCUGAAGUAGAGGAGGUGGAUUUUGCCGGCUGGUUGUGUAAAACCAUGGGGCUGAAGCAGCCCAGCACCCCAACACGCAUCCCUGUGUGAGUGACAACGGAGAGCCUGCCUCCCCAAACCCCCUUGCUCCCCCAGUGUUCCCAUUCACCUCUGCUGAUGUCAACCACUACUGUCGUGCCUGUGGCGUAAAACAGAGAAGAAUUCUCCCUACAUUCUUAAACUGUGUGAGGAGGCUUUCAUUCAGGCAGCAUUGGCAGUUUUUUCAAAAGAGCCACUGUCUUUCUUUAGCUGGUUAAUUCUUAGUGGCACUUGGUCAUGGAUAUUAAUACUAAAGGUAAUAGUGAUGUAUGUGGUUGACAGAAGUCUGUUAUUCAAGAGACAGAAUAUUUUUUUAUCUGUGGGUUCCAGUAGUUGUCAAGUUACAGCAGCUAAUUUCAAAAUCCUACAUGACAUCACCUGUGAUUGAAUAAUUUUCAUCUACUAGAGUUAAAGAUUUCCAUUAGCCAUACUGGAUGUGAUUUUUUUUAAACCACAGUGCCAUAUGAAAUUCUGUUCUUGAAGAAAAGCAGAUUGAAGAGCAGUACAUUCAGAAUUUAUUCAAGCUACAGAUCUUAAGUAACAACUAAGAUGAGGUAAGAGAAAUAUAAAGGGCGUAAUUUUGGGUGUUCUUGUAUUUAAUGUCCCAGAGAUUCUGAAUUAAACUUUAAAACUGAAAAGUAUCUUAAACUCUUAAGUUUUCAAUAUUGGUAAUUUUUCUUCUAGUUGAAUAAUUAUAACAUUCAUCCAGUGAUUGUGCAAGCAAGUGAUUUAACAACCUAUUUUAUUUUUCUUGUACCUCUUCCAAAGGUAGAUGAGGGUAUCUGGAAUUCAGACUUCACAGGGAUGCUCUUUCUGUAUAUAUAACCAAUACUAGGAAUCUGUUCAUGGAGAAAUUGAUAUCUAAGUGCAUAAUUAGUCACAAGUACAUAAUAUAGUAAUAAUGUGUAUAGAUGUUACUUUAACUGCUUUGAUUUGUAAAGUGUAAUCAGAAUUCCUUAUAGUUUGGGGUCUAGAAGAAGAUCAAGGGAUUUAACUGCCUCUACACAGUGGUUCACUGGCAUUAAUAUUUGUAGUAGUUUUAGAGCCAACACUGAGCAAUAAUGUUAUGAACAUUUAAAUUUAUUUUUUGUUACAGGUUAUUGUAGAUUACAGAUGUUUACUGGUAGGAGACUAGUGACAGAUUAGUCCUCAAAAUCACAGAUGAUUCACAAUCAUGGGAAAGACUGGAUGGAAGGGAGAGUUCUUUUAUUAAUUUAAUUAGAAUUGUACAUUAAAAAAAUCCAUCCUUCUGUAUAUCUUGACUUAGAGAUGUUACAUUACAGACAUCCUAUUUUAUUGUUAAAUCAUUUAGAAUCUUUGAUAAAUUCUUUCAAAAUGCCAGUAGCACUGCAAGAGAAUUAGAUCUUGCACUAGGAACUAGAAGUUUGUGAUCAACUCAAACUGAGAUGACAGAGAUGUGUGCUCAGUUUCUGAUCAGAAUUUUGCUCAUUUUCAACAAAGAAAACUCACCCAUUAGAUGGUACAAGAUGUUUUGAAGCAUUUGUUACUGAGCUAGAGUGAAGUGAUAGAUUAGUUGAAAAAUAUUCCUAAAGGUAGUAAAAUGUGGGAAUGCUAUUGACACAGCUUAAUAUCUCGUCUAUCUUCAAACUGAUACUGUUGUUCAGACCGUAGAUCUAAUUAGGAUGGUAUUUCAGUUAGGAAUGAAGCUUAAAUUAAUCAUCUAAAGAAAGACAGUUUUAUUUUUCAAUUUAGCUUUGCCUCCUUGAGUUAUAAAUCGUAAUGUCUUAGUUCAUAUUGUUUUAAAACAAAGGAAGAUUUUACCUUUAUUUCCAUUCUUAGGUACAUUCUUUUGUUCACAAUUAUUAAAUGUUUAACUUUGCUGCUUCAUUGCUGGAAAUGGCUUGUUUGCUGGGUAACAGCUUCUUUCCAAUGAUUAGGGGUUUGGUCUUGGCAAGCACUGGCUUACUAAAUAUUCUUAUUUGUAGGUAAAAUUUGUUCAUAGUACUGUGAUUACUGCCCUACACACACCAUGCCUAGUAAUAUUCCUGGGACCUUCUGACCAUCAGGUUUCCUAGAGUAAAUACAUUUUAUAAUUUCAUUUACUGUAUACCAGAAUGACAAAAUCUACUUCAUUUAUGAAGUAUACAUUUGAUAGAACUUAGUGUAGUUUAGAUUUGGGCACUUGUGCUCAAUUUGGUUCAAGGAUGUUAUUUACAACCCAGUGGCCUUUUAGCUGAUGUGUAUUGUAGUUACAUUACAGCCCCCUGCAUAAAACCAAGCCUCCAAUUUCAACCUUUAGGGACUCCAAGGGCCAGUCUACCAAUCAAAGUGUGAUUGUCUUCAUCUACAGGAAAAAGUAAAUGAUAAAUAUUGAUUAAGUAUUGUCCUGAAUAAUCCAUGACAUCCAAACCCAUUGUGUUGUGGAUUGCACCUUCCACUGAUGGUGCUACAACCCAAUCACAUCCAGAUUAGAAUCAUGAAAAAUAAAAUUAAUAUUCCUGAAUGGUGAUGGAGUGAGUCAAAAAGAGCAAAGUUUAUAUUUUACACUUAAAAGAACAAUUCACAUAAUUAUUUGUGAAAAUUUAGGGUCUUUUUUUGUGCUUUUGGCUUGCUGAAGAUUUUUUGUCACUGAACUAUAUAGCAGCCAAAUGUUUUUGACACAAACUGCACCCCGAAUGUACUUCCAAGGGAAUGUGAAUCCAUUUUAAGUGCCUGGGGGGGGGGGGGGGGGACGAAAUGAAAUUUAAUUUAAAUGCAUGUGAAAUCAGUUUAUUACACUGAGGUGUUGAAAAUAAAAGAAACGCACUGUGAUUACAAUGAUGGGGUGGAGUUUUGUGUUGGGGUCUCAGUUGUUUGUGUUGUGCUCCUGUAUUGUCAAUGGAUUGUAUAUGCCUAUGCCUUUAAAUAAAAUAUCUGUAAGCUGUUGUUAAGGCACUUGUGCAUAUUGGUGUAUAUUACUAUAUCAGGUUAGAUGCAGUUGUUCUCUUUUGUGAAGCCAAUCGACACCUUGUGCUAAUGGUUGUGUUACACUCUUUGGGGGUGGGGGGUGAUAGAGUAAUUUUGCAAUGUGUAAAUGGCUUAUUAAAAGGAAGAUCUCAGUAGCACAAGGACUGUACUGAUUGUUUUAAGCUAUUUUUAAAUUUGCAAAACAAAUUGUGAACUGAAUGUAUAAUUUAAUCAACUGUUGCAAAAAGUUAUUAAACUGAAGUGGCAAUUGUUCUGUGUGAAUUACAA